ACUGUACUUAGGAUUGAUUCAGUUCAUAGAGUUGCAGAACUGAGAAACCUCCUUGGCCGCGUGCAUGCUACCGUCAUACGAAAGCUGCUAUCUAGCGUCCCUCGUACAAAAAUGCAGCUCCAUAACAACAGUCAAAAAAGCGCGUCAACUCCACGCUUUCCUACUGACCACCUCCACAACAUGCCUCCACUCCCCGUCCCCCUACCUCCACAACAACCUUGUAUCUAUGUACUCUCGAUGCAACUCCCUUUCAGAUGCCAAGAAAGUGUUCGAUAAAACUCCCCAUAGAAAUGUAGUUUCAUACAAUGCGCUCAUUUCCGCGUAUUCUCGAUCUAUAAACCAUGCUAAUUUAGCCUUUGGAUUGGUUUCCCAGAUGGGUUUUGAGUGUUUAAGGCCUAAUGGUGCCACAUUCACGAGCUUGUUACAAGCUGCUUCAUUGGUUCAGGAUAGAUUGAUUGGUUCGUCGCUACAUGCUCUUCUUCUGAAGUCUGGAUUUCUAGGUGAUGUUUGUGUUCAAACUUCGUUACUUGGGAUGUACUCGAAUUUUGGGGAUUUGGUAUCUGCUAAUGAAGUUUUUGCUGGCAUAGAUGGCAAGGAUGUCGUUUCUUGGAAUUCUACAAUAUUUGGAUACUUGAGGAAUGAUAAGAUAAUGGAAGGGCUGGCUCUCUUUUUUGAUAUGAUGAAGUUUGAGGUUUUUCCAACUCCAUUUACCUAUUCCAUGGUGUUAAAUGCUUGUGGUAAGUUGGGAAAUUAUGAGUGUGGGAAAACUAUCCAUGCCCGAGUUGUCGUUUCUAAUAUAGUAGUUGAUUUACCUUUGCAAAAUGCCUUGCUUGACAUGUAUUGCAAUUGUGGUGAUAUUGAAAUGGGGUUGAAGGUUUUUAGCAGGAUUCAAAACUUUGAUUUGGUUUCUUGGAAUUCAAUGCUCGCGGGAUUGGCAGAGCAUGGAGAUGGCAUAAGAGCCAUGGAGCUGUUUGUUGAGUUGAAGGGAAUGUAUUUUCUUAAGCCUGAUGAAUACACUUUUGCUGCUGUCAUUUCUGCAACUAGUGCACUCUUGGCAUCUGAUUAUGGGAAGCCCCUGCACGGUCAAAUUACAAAAUCAGGUUUGGAAAGUAGUGUUUUUGUAGGAACUGCCCUUGUGUCCAUGUAUUUUAGAAAUGGUGGUAGUGAAUCUGCUCAGAAGGUUUUUAGUAUGAUCUUGAAGAAAGAUGUGAUGGUUUGGACUGAAAUGAUUAUGGGUUAUUCUAGAUUGGCUGAUGGGGAGAGUGCUAUUAGAUUGUUGGUUGAAAUGUGUCAAAUGGGGUACAAAAUUGAUAGCUUUGUUCUCAGUGGUGUAUUAAGUGCUUGUGCUGACCUUGCAAUGCUAAAACAAGGUGAGAUGAUUCAUUCUCAGGCUAUAAAAUCUGGAUAUGAUGUUGAAAUGUCUGUUUGUGGUAGUCUGAUUGACAUGUAUGCCAAAAAUGGAAACCUUAAAGCUGCUCAAUCCAUAUUUUCAUUGGUUUCUAACCCUGAUUUAAAGUGUUGGAAUGCAAUGCUUGGGGCAUAUAGCCUACAUGGAAUGGCAGAAAAUGCCCUGAAGCUAUUCGACAAGAUUCUAAAACAUGAACUAAGACCAGAUCAAGUAACAUUUUUGUCUCUACUAUCUGCUUGUAGCCACAGUGGCUUGGUUGAGAGAGGAAAGUUAUUAUGGGGUUUUAUGAAGGAAAGUGGUUGCACUGCAGGACCCAAGCAUUAUUCUUGCAUGGUGAGUUUGCUUUGUCGAGCCGGAUUAUUAGACAAGGCAGAGAAGAUAAUUAUAGAAUCACCAUAUAGUGAAGAUAAUUUGGAACUCUGGAGAACAUUGCUAAGCUCUUGUGUCACUUUUAGAAACCUGGAAAAAGGAGUUCAUGCAGCGAAUCAGGUUUUAACGGUUGAUUCAAGAGAUAGUGGAACCCAUAUCUUGCUUUCAAAUCUUUAUGCUGCAACAGAGAGAUGGCAAGAUGUUGCAGAAAUGAGGAGAAAGAUGAGAGGCUUGAUGUUGGAAAAGGAUCCUGGGCUAAGCUGGAUUGAAGAUAAGAACAUUAUUCACAUGUUCACGUCUGGAGAUCAAUUGCAUCCCCGGGUUUACGAUGCAGAAGCUGAACUCCAUAGGUUGCAAGGGAACAUGAAAAGAUCAGUAACAUACGAUUUCCUUUCAUGUUUCUAGUUUGACAACAGAAAUUCAGAACUAAAUGUGAUUUUGCCCAUGAUGUUUUAUAUCUUCACACGAAUAAUAGUUUCAAAUAUUACUUCUCAAAAAAUAGAAAAAAAAUCCUACAAUGUGUGUUCUACAAUAUUACAGUAAUAAGGAUCUUGUAGCAAACAAAUCAAUGCUGGAAUGACUGAAAAUAAGAUCAGGAUAUUCGACAAAGCUAACAUCUUGUUUUCCUG